CCACCCCCCCUCCUCCCAAUCUGCGAUAAACUAAGUGAUAGCAGCAGCCCGUCGGACUGUCGGCUAUAAAACACAACAAAUCAUAAAGUGCAGGCAGGGGAAGGCAGAGGAAGGAGGACGGGAGGGAGAACCGUUAGCCGUUAGCCGUUAGCCUCCGUCUACUCCUCCUUCUUCUUCAUCGCGCGAGCGUUGUUGUUGUGUUUGUUUCGUGCCCUCCUGUCCUCCCCUCUCCUCUACUUCUCCUCUCCUCUCCUUUCUUCUCUUCUCAUCCUUCUUGUCCUAUCGCACACUUUCUCCCGAUGAGUUCUUAUUUUGUCAACUCCUCUUUCCCGGUGACGCUACCGGGGACGGGUGGAGGCGGGCAGGCGGCGGCGGAGUCGUUCUUGGGUCAGAUCCCGCUUUACUCGUCGGGGUACGCCGCCGACCACCCCCUCAGGCACUACCCUGCAGCAGCCGUCACCGCCGCCGCGGCCGUUGCUUACGGCGCGAGCGGCAGCGUGCACCAGGACAAACCGUACCCGGCGUCCACCUACUACCAGCAGGCUGCGAACGGAGCGUACGGCGGGCACCGGGCGGCGGCAGGAGUCGGUGUUGGGGGCGCAACCGGAGCUUGCGACUAUGCCACGGCGGCUGCGGCUGCGGCGGCCGCGGCGGCGGCCACGAGCUUCUACCGGGACAAGGAGCCCCCGUGUAGCCUGGAAGAGCACCAGCUCGCGCUGAGCCAGGACGGCAUGCACCGUAAAGCAGAGUGCGCGGGGCUGAGUGGGAAAGGUCUGUUUGGUGAAACGAUGGACGACAAGCAGCCGUCAUCAGCCCCCAUUUAUCCGUGGAUGCAGCGGAUGAACGCGUGCAACGGGACUUUCGGCAGCCCCGGGAGGCGCGGGCGGCAGACGUACACGCGCUACCAGACGCUCGAGCUGGAGAAGGAGUUCCACUUCAACCGGUACCUCACGCGGCGGCGACGGAUCGAGAUCGCGCACGCGCUCUGCCUCACGGAGCGGCAGAUCAAGAUCUGGUUCCAGAACCGGAGGAUGAAGUGGAAGAAGGAGAACAAGCUGAUCAACUCCUCUUCUUCCUCCUCUUCCUCCUCCUCUUCCUCCACGGUGAACGGUGCAGAGGAAGAGGAGAAACGGACGGAGUGAACGAGGAGAAAUAAACUGAUGUAAGACACAUAAACGAGGAGGAGGAGGAUGGAAGAGAAGACAUGCUGGUUAAUCCCUUCCCCUCCCGGUCUCAAACUUCAUCCAGACCUCUGUCUGGUGUGAAACUCUGGGAAAAAAGUAGCCUACAUUUUAUUUUACCUUUCUGUUCUUUUCUUUUGUUUCUUUUUUAUGUCUUUUUUUUUUUAAAAAAAAAAACCGGA